AUGUCUUCUAGCUUUGCAACCCUUCCUGCCAAUAGGAAGUCAACCCCGACUCCCUUUACUGUGGCAGUUCCAGAAGAGCAACUCAGCGACUUCCGAAAGCUCUUAGAGUUGUCAAAAAUCGGACCAAAGACGUACGAAAACGAAUUAUCUGAUGGCCGGUUCGGCAUCAGCAGAGACUGGUUGGUUCAAGCCAAGGAAGAGUGGCUGAAGUGGGACUGGCGUGCCUGCGAGAAACACAUUAAUAGCUUUCCCAACUUCACUCAGCCUGUCACAGAGAACGACGAUGUUUUCAACAUUCAUUUUGUCGCACUAUUCUCCCAAAAGCCCGAUGCGAUCCCGCUGCUCUGCCUGCACGGGUGGCCAGGCAAUUUUCUAGAAUUCUACUCCAUUUUGCGUAUCUUGACUGCGAGAUACACUCCUGAGACGCUUCCGUAUCAUGUUAUCGUCCCCUCUUUGCCUGGUUAUGCCUUCUCUUCUCCGCCGCCACUCACAAGAGACUUUCAGCUUCAGAACAUUGCAAGUAUUAUGAACUCAUUGAUGAUUGAGCUAGGAUUUGGUAGUGGAUACGCUGUCCAAGGAGGCGACAUUGGCAGCAAGAUUUCACGUGUUCUAGCUGCAACUUUUGACACAGUAAAGGCUGUUCAUAUUAACUUUUGUAUCAUGCCUGAGCCAGAAGGUAUCAAGGAUAGUGAUAUCAGCGAAAUAGAGAAACAGGGCUUGGAGCGAUCCAGCACAUUCAAGGCACUCGGCUCUUCAUACGCUCUUCAGCAUGCAACCAAGCCCAGCACAAUUGGACUCGUGCUCGCUUCAAACCCGAUUGCGCUUCUUGCAUGGAUUGGUGAAAAAUUCCUCGCUUGGACAGACGAGAAUCCUCCAAUGGAAGAAAUUCUGUCUUCUGUUACGCUUUAUUGGUUGACUGAGACAUUUCCAAGAUCGAUCUACCCAUACCGACAGCUAUUUACUCCCGGACUUAUUGGUGCUCAUGAGAACCCUGAGUGGUACAUCAAAAAGCCUUUUGGAUACUCGUUCUUCCCGAAGGAGCUUGCACCAAUCCCCCAGGCUUGGGCUAAAACAACCGGAACUCUGGAGUUCUAUCGUCAGCACGAGAGCGGUGGACAUUUUGCCGCUAUGGAAAAGCCUGAAAUUCUGCUUGCCGAUGUGGAGGAAUUUCUCCAACAGGUGUGGAAAUAG